AUGCACAAUUUUGAGGACGAGUUAAUUUGUCCCAUUUGUUACAGUAAUUUUGAAGAUCCUUGUGUACUACCAUGCUGUCAUACAUUUUGUAGAAGUUGUUUGGAAAAUGCUCUUCAGGCAUCUGGCAAUUUUUAUAAAUGGAGACCUUUAAGAAUUCCACUCAAGUGCCCUAAUUUCAGAAGUAUUAUUGAAAUUGCUCCAACUGGUAUUGAAUCUUUACCAGUUAAUUUUGCAUUAAGGGCUAUUAUUGAAAAGUACCAGCAAGAAGACCAUUCAGAUGUUGUUUUCUGCCCUGAACAUUAUAGGCAACCUCUAAAUGUCUGCUGUCUACUAGACAAAAAGUUAGUUUGUGGUCAUUGCCUUACUGUAGUGCAACAUCAUGGUCAUCCUAUAGAUGAUCUUCAAAGUGCCUAUCUGAAAGAAAAGGACACAGCUCAGAAACUGCUGAAACAGUUAACUGACACACACUAGACAGAUAUUACUCAUCUUAUUGAAAACCUAGAAGAACAAAAGUCCCAUUCUCAGAAAAUGAUCCAGGGUGAUAAAGAAGUUGUUUUCCACUAUUUUAAGGAGCUUAUUGAUACAUUUUGA